AUGGUGGCUCUACAGGCUCUGGUUCUGCGUCAGCAACAGCAUUUCACGUCGGUAGGCUUUUCGGGUGCUGGGUUUCUGGCGUGCUAUCAUUUGGGUGUAGUUCAAUGUCUGCGGGAUCAGGGGUUGUUGCAUUGCGCCUUGGAAAAAGACAAGGUGAUUCCGCUCACUGGAGUCAGCGCUGGGGCUUUGACCGCCGUCGCCAUUGCCGCGGAUAUAGAACCUUCUGACUGCAUGUCAGUGGUUCUAUCGUGCGCUCACAAAGCGCGGGAAGCAGGACGCCUGAAUACGUGGCAACCUGGUUUUUCGUUGGUCGAUGUGGUGGAACACUAUACGCAAAAAAUGCUUCUACACGUUGACGAAGAAGCGUUUUUACAUCGGAUCGAUCACGGAAAACGAUUACGAAUCGGCCUAACGGAUCGCCGGGUCUUUCCUCCAAUACGUAAUCGACACGCUGAAUGCUACGUUGAUAGAUAUAGAGGGCUGCAGGACGCAAUCGCUGUCUGUGUGCUGUCAAGCUUCGUUCCAGGGUGGACCGGUCCAGUCCAAGGACGCCGCGACACGACUCACAGAGCUGUCUCAAGGGCCGCUCAACGAUUGGACCAAAUGAUAGAAUUCAAAUGUGUAAAACGAACUAUUACCGAUGCGCCGAUUCGAUUAAAGCCAGAAGAUAGUACUGCUCGAGAGACUUGCUGGGAUGGCGGUCUCGUCAACGCUUUUCCAAUUUUCGACGCUCGCACCUUGCUGGUGACUCCGAUCGCCGCGCAUUUCCCAUCCCACUCUAUCUGCAUUCACCCCGGUAUGGAGUAUGAUAGUGCAAAUGUCCACAGGUUCGCUUGGACGGAUCGAGUGCACGUGCACUGGACAGCAGCAAACGCCUACAAUUUCCGAUGUCUAUUAGCGAGCUCGGAACCUGAUGUCUUGCAUGCGAAAUUUUCUCAAGGUUAUGACAACGCAACGCGCUAUCUUAAACAACAUGGUAUUCGGCAAACUUAUACAGCACCGGUGGUAUCUCCCUCAAUAAGUACAAAUGUGGUGCAAUAG